UCUGGCCGUGGCAUACUAGUGAAAAGGAAGUUUUUCAUUUUUAUUCAGUAAUAAAUAGAUAAACAUUUGUAAGCAGUGAGGUUUUAGGUUUUUAGGGUGUUGGAGGAGAGUUGUUGUGAAGAGUUGAAGUAUCAGUUGGUAAUGGGAUACGUGCAAGAAGCCAGAGAAAAUCACGUCAAAAAGAAGGUCGAAGAAGCUUUGCGUAGUAAAAUGAAGCAGAAAGCGCUCAAAGAAUGUGAUCGAUAUACUACAAAAUACGCUGAGUGUGCCUCAGGAAGAACAAUAUCUGUUGUUUGGCAAUGUCGCAAACAAGCUAAGGAAUUAAAUGAGUGUCUUCAUCAGUACACGAAUGACUCUGUUUUGGAAGAAAUGAAGAAAGCAUACAUGCUCCAACAGAAUGAACAGGGAUCACUUAGAGUUUGAGUAUGCCUUUCGUGAUACUUGGAGUUAAGUUGCCUCCCCAUCUUCUGCAGUUCAGAAGGCCUUUACUUUCUUAUCAGGAUUUGGCUGUGAUUUGUGUUCGAGCAGUAUGUAUUUGGGUGCAUUUAGUUCCUGGUGGAACUCACAGAAAAUUGAGUAAAUUUGUGGUUUCUUAAGUUAUAUACAUGCUACACUGUCACUAAUUUUCAAA